AAAAAAUAUUAAUACCUUUUCCGGAACUUUUAUUUUAGUUCAUGAAUAUCUUUGUCAAACUCGUUUUAGUCGUUUUCAUAGUUUCCCUAGCUCAAUCUAGGGAAAUUGUAAGCAAUGUGAAAUCAUCCAAGCUAAACGAGAGGAUUAUAUACGACUGUGUGGACAUAUAUAAACAACCUUCAUUAAGCCAUCCACUACUAAAAAACCAUAAAAUCCAGAUGGAGCCAUCUUUUUCAAACUUAAAACCUAAAAAGCAAGUGAAGAAUAAAACUGAAAACAGAAUAAGAGUUGAGUGUCCAAAUGGAACAGUACCUAUAUUGAAAAAUACAAAAAAAUAUGUCGCAAAUGCUCAAUAUUGGGCUGAGAGACACUUCAACCCGCUCACAGACGAAAGCCCUGGUAAACAUGUAAGUCUUAUGAAUUAUUUGAGCUAUAAAUGGAAAUCUAGGGAUAAAGUAAAUGUGUUAUUAAUAAUAUUGAUUUAUUCUUUAAGUGUUUCCACCUUAUCAAAAAAUAAUUUUUACACUUUAUGCAUAUUCCUUAUAUAUUGAUUGAGAAACAUUACA